CCUGGCUUCACAUUUCACCUCCGCUGCGCGUUCUCAGAUUCCACUUGUCUACUCAGCAGCAGUUCACUCCAGAGUCCAAAGCUGUUACGUCUGCACUUCUCGGUCACUGUCCUUUAGUUCGUAUUGGCGCCUCCUGCGUGUCCCCCCAUUAAAGCUCUUGCCCGCAACCCAUCCGUCUUGCAGCACCGGCUGCGGAAUAAUUGCCCACCAUGAACAUCUUCAGGUUACUCGCGGACCUUUCCCACCUCAUCUCGAUAUUCAUCCUCCUCCAUAAAAUGCGAAUCUCGAACUCAUGCGCAGGGAUAUCCUUCAAAUCACAAGCUCUCUACUUCCUGGUCUAUGUGACCCGCUAUCUCGACCUGUUCUGGACAUUCACCGACAGCGCAUGGAACACAAUCUUCAAGCUCAUCUUCCUCACCUCGUCCGCAUACACGCUGUACGUCAUGUUGAAUGACUACAAACCCACGCACGAUCCGAACCUGGACACCUUCCGCGUCUCCUAUCUGACCGGAGGCUCUGCCAUUCUCGCAAUCCUCUUUCCCUACAAAUACACUGUUUCGGAAAUCCUGUGGGCCUUUUCCAUCUGGCUGGAGAGUGUUGCGAUUCUGCCGCAGUUGUUCAUGCUGCAGAGAACCGGCGAGGCCGAGACCAUUACGACGCACUACUUGUUCGCUCUGGGUAUCUAUCGAACAUUGUACAUCCCCAAUUGGAUUUACCGGUACUUUGCCGAGGGAUAUUUUGAUCCGAUUGCGGUGAUCGCGGGUAUCAUCCAGACUAUCUUGUACUCGGACUUUUUCUGGGUCUAUUACACCAAGGUCCUCAAGGGAAAGAGCUUCAAGCUCCCUGUCUGAGCUUGAUUUUCCAGUCGCAUUUCGUCGGACAGAGAGAGUUGGUGGGACUUUUUUGGUCCACUCUGCCCGAGUUCAGGCGGGCUUGUUUGGAAUGCAAAUGCUGGUCAUUCCUCCCUGAAGAUGGGACAGAAGAUGACCCACAUCUCAUAAGUGUGCUACACGAUGGAAGAGACACAAAAGGGGUCUUGUGACUGUGUACAGAUUUGACGUGCGUCGCAUUAGGUAUGCAGCAAAGGACGAAUACGAUUUGGCGGUCCAGCUGCCCAACCCAGACUGCUUAGCAACUCGACAACGGCUUAGGGCACCUCGUCCACCAGACCAAUCGACAGAGAACCCCGAGAAGACAUGGAGCAGAGAACGCAACAGCCGAACUGAACUGACUGGGGCCCAGAGAACACACCUGCUGAACAAUUGGAUUGAGAGUGCCGUGUUGCUGGAAUAGACCAGUCCAUGUAAGGUAACUACGCGGAGCCAAGACGCCAGGGGCCCCGGGCCAUUAAGCUCCCUCUUCCUUUCCAGCGAAAACAAAACGGGUCCUGUUGCAAAAUGCCAUGCUCGAGCGUCUCGCGUCUGAGAUCUGGACUCGGGGUCUAUUGUUCAAGUUGGCCGCGAUGGUCGUUGGCACGCCAGCCAGAAGGUACUCAACUGUACCAACAGGGCCAAAAAAAAAAGUGCUCACUGCACCAAGCUCAACUUUGUGCCCCGGUUGGGACCCGCCAGUUUCUUUCUUUCCACAGACGCGACUCGCGUGCGGCAUAAGCAUUGUCAAUAAUGAGAAGGAAUGAAAUCAAGUAAAACAAAACCCUUAAUUAAACGAGGCGGCUGUCGACUUUGAACGGGCAGACCUGCCCUGAUAUGAUCGUCUUAGAGCUACUAGUCACUACCUACACGUUCGAGCCCGCGGCAGCUUGCUUAAUACUUAGUUAUGUACCAAGGUAGAAGUGGCAUCAAAUCAAAGCAUGACCGAGUGAAAAAAAUUAGAUAAAUAUUUAAAGCAAGUAU